UGGAGGUGUACAGAAAGAAGGGCUCACUUGUCAUUGUCAGACUUGUGGCUUUGUAGUUCUUUUGCUGUUAUUUUUUAAAAAAAGAAGAGAUUAUUCAUCUACUGAGGUAUUGGUUUCUAAUGAUUUUAGUUCUGGAUUAAUUAUAUAUUUCUAUAUAUUAUUCAUUAAAGUAUUUAGACAAAUUUGUGGACAUUGGCAGCAGUGACAUUUUUGCAUUACAUCAGCUUCCCACUGGUUGGCAUUUGUUUUUGCUGCCACCAUGACUUCUGUGGAAAGUAGUCCUAGAUUUGAAUUAAUCCAGGUCAGGAUUGAGUCUCUAAGCAGUAAAAUGGACACGCUCAUUUGCAUCCAGGAGAAAGUCCUCAGCCGCUUGGACAGCAUGUCCGAGGAACUCGUUGGGAUAGAACGAGACAUGGAAACUCUGAAAGUAGACAAGGAAGAGAUACCUCCAGCAAGCCGCAAUAAGGGACCAGCCCAAGGCACUGGCGGUGAGAUGAAAGAAAUGUGCCAAGAAAUAAACAGCAUCAUGACGGCUGUAAACAAGCGUACGGAACAGCAGACCCAGAAGCUGGAAGGUAUGGAGAGGCUGGUUAUGAGCAUCCAGCAGGUGGUCAGCUUCAUUGGGGAAACUGUCAAGACUUCCAAAAUCACAGAAUUCAUGUUCAAGGGGCCAGCAGCACGUAAGAGCAAAGUGAGCUUAACCUCGGUGUGCAAGAACCAGGAUGGCAAACAUGGUGCUAGGAGACAGGCCUCAGGUGAGCCUGUACCAGGCAAGUUGAAGGAUCACAAGUGUAAAGAUGCGAAGGAGAAGGGUCGUCUGAGCUUUAAGGGGCUGAAGGCGCAGAAGAAAAAGAAGCCCCCAGACACUACAGACAGAACCUCCGUGAAGAAGCAGGCCUUGCUGCUGGAGGACGUUCAAAAGCUUAACAGAGAGAAUGUUGAGCGCUCGAUAUCAUCCACAGGGUCAGAGUCUGAGGAGCCUCUCAGCCAAGACCGUCUGGAUUUCAUCCUGGAUCAAACCAAAGUUCCUGAGGUUGAGCACAAGGAGCUUUUACCAGACGGCCAGGAGAGCAGCACUGAGUUCAAAGAAGAUGAGGAGGAGAAAGAAGAGGAGGAAAAAGACAAAGAUAUUCAGGAUGAAGCGGAUGAGACGGUUAACAAAUCCGAAGAGGAGACUGAAGAGGUGGUUGAGGAAGAGAACAAACUGGAAGAUUCUGCCAUGGUUGAUGUUAUCGAGGCUGAGAAUGCUGUGAAGCCACAGAGCUGUGAACCAGAAACGCUGCAUGAAGUCAUCACGAGCAGCGAGAACUGCGCGUCAAAAAAGGGCCUUGAACUGCAGACCUGUGAAAAAACCAGCGAAGAAGCCAAUGAAAACCAAAAACACGUUCCAGAAGAUCUGCGUGGCGUUUUCAAAGCAGAUGGAGUCGAUAUCCAUUUAGAUUUCAGCAAAAAGAAGAAAAAGGAAGAGGAACGAUUUGAUGAUGGAGAGUGUGAGCAGUUCUUCAUCGACUGCACCCCUCCACCGCCAGCUCCCUUCAGCCACCGCAUAAUUUCAGCCAAACCCAACCAGAUCAGCAACUUCUACACCAUCAACCACCAGGAGAUCAUUGGAGGAGGCCGUUUCGGUCAAGUGCACAAAUGUAUCGAAAAUUCCUCUGGACUCACUCUGGCAGCCAAGAUCAUUAAAGCACGGAGUCCAAGGGAAAAGGAGGUGGUGAAAAAUGAGAUUCAGGUCAUGAACCAGUUGGACCAUGCCAAUCUGAUCCAGCUCUACGCUGCCUAUGAAUCCAAGAACGACAUCAUCCUGGUCCUUGAAUAUGUGGAUGGUGGUGAGCUCUUCGACAGGAUUAUCGAUGAGAACUACACGCUGACUGAGCUGGACACAGUCAUGUUUGUCAGACAGAUCUGUGAGGGUCUGCGCCAUAUGCACAAAAUGUACAUCAUCCAUCUGGACCUGAAGCCUGAGAACAUCCUGUGUGUUAGCAGGCUGACGAACAAAGUCAAGAUUAUAGACUUUGGACUUGCAAGAAAAUAUGUCCCCCGGGAGAAGCUACGAGUGAAUUUUGGCACACCAGAGUUUCUCGCCCCAGAGGUGGUCAACUAUGAUUUUGUGUCUUUCAACACCGACAUGUGGAGCGUUGGAGUCAUCACCUACAUGCUCCUGAGUGGUUUGUCUCCGUUCCUCGGUGAUGAUGAUAAUGAGACACUGAACAACAUCCUAUCCUGCCAGUGGAACUUUGAGGAAAGGGAGUUUUUAGGCAUUUCGGAUGAGGCCAAGGACUUUAUCUCCAAACUGCUUAUCUACAAUAAAGGUUGGAGGAUAGGUGCAGGUGAAGCUCUGAAGCAUCCUUGGCUUUCAGACCCUUUGCUCCAUCAUCACCUGUACACAAAGAAGAACAUGUGUCAGUCACGUAGAAAUUCAUGUCUUCCUCCGCCCGAGAGCUAAUAUCUGGCUUUGUUUCUGCCAGCUGAGGCCAUCCGGACCAAGCCUGUUGUGCUUUUCAUUACUCGACAUUAUUUGUUGCAGAAAUUUAUGCCAUUCUGGUAACUGCAGUCACAUAUCAUUAUGGUUAACAUCAUUAUUAUGGAUUUUUAUGGAUCUUUCCCAUCUUCUGAAUUUGUAAAAAUAAUUUAAAGUACGGGCGGCACGGUGGUGUAGUGGUUAGCGCUGUCGCCUCACAGCAAGAAGGUCCGGGUUCGAGCCCCGUGGCCGGCGAGGGCCUUUCUGUGCGGAGUUUGCAUGUUCUCCCCAUUUCCGUGUGGGUUUCCUCCGGGUGCUCCGGUUUCCCCCACAGUCCAAAGACAUGCAGGUUAGGUUAACUGGUGACUCUAAAUUGACCGUAGGUGUGAAUGUGAGUGUAAAUGGUUGUCUGUGUCUAUGCGUCAGCCCUGUGAUGACCUGGCGACUUGUCCAGGGUGUACCCCGCCUUUCGCCCGUAGUCAGCUGGGAUAGGCUCCAGCUUGCCUGCGACCCUGUAGAAGGAUAAAGCGGCUAGAGAUAAUGAGAUGAGAUGAGAAUUUAAAGUACCACUGUACAAUGAAUAAAAAAGCAAUAAGACUUUUGGGGGUGUGCUGUUAUAGGAAAUCAAUCAAAGAUGUGGUGGUGUGAUGAAGUGGAAUAAAUGGUGCCACUGUGAAGUUAGUUAUUUUCCUAUAACAGCAAGUCCUGAAGUGUUUUAUUUCUCUUACACUGCAGCAAUGUACCA